GGCCUUGAAAUAUGAUCUGAUGAACUCUACUUGACCCUCCAGUGGCUGGGGCCCCCACCCCAAUUAAAUGAAGUGGACCUUUUUUCAAGUUCUCUAAAACGGAUCCUCCGUUCAGGGGGGCUUAGGACCGCAGCACAACUUGCUCUGAGCCUGGGGAGACUUUCCCUCAGGCCCUUGCUGUCAGGGUGGAGUGCCUUAUUGUGGAACUGAAACGUCCCCUCUUCUAGGCCCUUUCCUAGCCUCUCACAUUAAGAGCUGGAGAUUGUGUCUUUUGGGGUGUAAACAGGCCAGUCUGAGGGGAGGAAGAGGAGGCUUGCUGAUAAACUUGGAAAUCUGAGACUCUUAACUGAAGCCCCCACCACCAGCACCAGGGGCUGGGGAGAGGGGGCGUUCUGUGCACUCCUGGAGAUAGUGUGCGGCGCUCUGCACAGAUCUCCGAUUUCCUGGAGAGAGGGGCCUUAACGUCUUUCUCUCUGAUGCUCAGAGGAGCGCAUGCUGGGGAGAAGUUAAGCGCAGCGGCUCUUUCCAGGCUGAUGUUUCUGCUCAUGGCUCCAAACAGGCCCAGAGGGGAGACUGGAAGCCAUGGUGGCCUGGUGCUGUUUAUAAACACAGAGCUGAGGGGCAGGCGGGGCAGGAUGAAGCCAGGGCAGGAAGUGAUCCGCGAAACACUUGGGGCUUCUUCCUGAGUGUUUGUGCCCUGCUCCCAGUGUCAUGGGCAGCCGCCCUGGGGGUGGCAGCUGCUGAGAAACACGAGUCAUGAACAUAUGGCAGCUCAAGGGGUGUGCCCAGGAUGCCAGUGCUGCAGCUCCGGAUGUCCGACCUGGUGGAAGGGGCUAGGCCCUGGAGGAGGCAGGGGCCUCCCAGGGGCAGCAUGAUGUCAGAUGUGCUGUGGCCAGACUGGGCAAGGCCGAGCCCACCUGCCGUUGGCUCCAUGGCAGGCGAUCAGCUUCCACAUGACAUCGCCUCUCCCCUCUAAAGCCUUGGGCUGCUUCCAGAAGAAACCUCUUGUUCGCAAGCCUUUUUUCUCUGCUCAAGAACAUGGUGAUGAGCUUCCGAGUCUCCGAUCUUCAGAUGCUCUUGGGUUUCGUCGGCCGAAGUAAGAGUGGACUUAAACACGAACUUGUCACCCGGGCCCUCCAGCUGGUCCAGUUUGACUGCAGCCCUGAGCUAUUCAAGAAGAUAAAGGAGCUCUACGAGACACGCUACGCCAAGAAGAGCUCAGAGCCCGUCCCCCAGCCCCACCGGCCCCUGGACCCCCUGACCAUGCACUCAGCCUACGAUCGGGCCGGCUCCGUGCCCAGGACUCCCCUCACAGGCCCCAGCAUCGACUACCCCACGCUCUAUGGGAAGUACUUAAAUGGACUUGGGCGGCUGCCCGCCAAAACCCUCCAGCCGGAGGUGCGCCUCGUGAAGCUGCCCUUCUUUAACAUGCUGGAUGAGCUGCUGAAGCCCACUGAGCUGGUUCCACAGAAUAACGAGAAGCUUCAAGAGAGCCCAUGCAUCUUCGCCUUGACACCGAGGCAGGUGGAGCUGAUCCGGAACUCCAGGGAACUGCAGCCGGGGAUCAAGGCCGUGCAGGUCGUCCUAAGAAUCUGUUACUCGGACACCAGCGGCCCUCAGGAGGACCAGUACCCUCCCAACAUUGCCGUGAAGGUCAACCACAGCUACUGCUCGGUGCCGGGCUACUACCCCUCAAAUAAGCCCGGAGUGGAGCCCAAGAGGCCCUGCCGCCCCAUCAACCUCACCCACCUCAUGUACCUCUCCUCGGCCACCAACCGUAUCACCGUCACCUGGGGGAACUAUGGCAAGAGUUACUCUGUGGCCUUGUACUUGGUGCGGCAGCUGACUUCCUCGGAGCUGCUGCAGAGGUUGAAAACCAUCGGCGUCAAGCAUCCGGAGCUGUGCAAGGCGCUGGUCAAGGAGAAGCUGCGUCUGGACCCCGACAGCGAGAUUGCCACCACCGGCGUGCGGGUCUCCCUCAUCUGCCCGCUCGUGAAGAUGCGGCUCUCGGUGCCCUGCCGGGCGGAGACCUGCGCCCACCUGCAGUGCUUCGACGCCGUCUUCUACCUCCAGAUGAAUGAGAAGAAGCCCACCUGGAUGUGCCCCGUUUGCGACAAGCCGGCCCCCUACGACCAGCUCAUCAUCGAUGGGCUCCUCUCCAAGAUCCUGAGCGAGUGCGAGGACGCCGACGAGAUCGAGUACCUGGUGGACGGCUCGUGGUGCCCAAUCCGCGCCGAGAAGGAGCAAAGCUGCAGCCCCCAGCGCCCGAUCCUGGUGCUUGGGACCUCGGACACCAAUGGGCUCCUGUCCACCCCUAAUGUCAACGGCGGUGGCGUCGGCGUGCUUGGGGGUGCCGGUGGCGGGGGCAGCGCUGGGGGCGGCAUUGAGAAUGGGAAGCCAGGAGCCGACGUGGUGGACCUCACGCUGGACAGCUCGUCGUCCUCGGAGGGGGAGGAGGACGAAGACGAGGACGAGGAGGACGAGGACGAGGAGGGCCCCCGGCCCAAACGCCGCUGCCCCUUCCCGAAGGGCCUGGUGUCGGCCUGCUGACCGCUUGCCGCCGCCACUGGACGCUCGAUUUUCCUGGUGCUCACCACGUGGAGGGGCGCAGGCGGGCCUCGGGGUACAGAGGGAGGAGUGAUUUUUUUUUUCUUUUUAUUGUUCAUUUCGUUUUUCCACCUUUUCCUUGGCUCCUGGCACCUGUAUCUCUGGACUCUCCCGUCGGAGGUUUAAAAAAUAAAAAGAAAAAGAAAAGAAAAG